AUGGAUAGAUUCAUUGUUAGCAUUCGCCGGAAGUACAAAGAAAGACUCUUAAAUCGUGACGAACAAUGGCCACCAGUUAGAGGAGACAGGCUUGUUAACUUGCAGUUAGUGGAGGCUGAAAAAGAAGAAGGAUUUAGAGCCGGCUUGCCACAACAUGGUGCACCUGAUGAUAAGGUUAAGCGUACUCCAAUUCUCCAUGGCGACCUGUUCAAAGUUGAAGAAGGCAAGAAACCAGUGAGAAAGCUCAUCGUUGAAGGUAAUGCUGGGAUUGGUAAAACCACACUGUGUACCAUGCUUGCUGAAGGGUGGGCAGAGGGAAAGAUCCUGACACAAUUCGAUUGUGUUUUGUUGCUUCCACUGAGAGAAAAUGAAGUAUCCUCUGCCACAAGUCUUGCGGAACUGUUCAAACUUCUCCACUCCAGUGAGAGGAUCCGAACAUCUGUUAUAGAAGAGUUGGAGGAUAGAGAGGGAGAAGGUGUCCUCAUCAUAGCUGAUGGCUGGGACGAACUCAGUAUAGAAAAUCGUUCGAAAGUGUCUUUUCUUUACAAACUUUUCUUUGGUGGUUUUCUUCCAUUCGCUUCUGUUCUCCUCACCUCACGACCUUCUGCUUCAGCUACUCUUCACGACCUUCCUUCUGUGAACCGUUUGAUUGAGGUAGUUGGUUUUAAUGAUGAGAAUAUCAAGCAAUACAUAGAAUCAGAGUUCGAGCAAUUCCCAGAGAAAGCUUCUUCUCUUAUCGAGCAGCUUGAGAACAACCCAGCCAUUCAGACCAUUGUUUGUAACUUGUGGCACACUUUAGACCAAGAGCUUCCUCGUACGCUAACUGAGCUGUACACUCAAAUUGUCCUUAGCAUUAUCCUUCGCAAUGUCAAAAAGAAAGUCCCUGAUUGUCCGAUUACUCUUACUAAAUUUGACGAAAUUCCAAAUGAUCUACAAGACACAUUUUGGUUGAUCUGUGAGUUUGCCUAUGAGUGCUUAUUACUAGAUCAGCUGGUUUUCUCAGAAGAUGAAUUGUCCUCUCGCUUACCCAACGUUGGUGACAAGUUGCAGUGCUUUGGUCUGUUGCAGUCUGCACGAUCACUUCUACCUGUUGGUCAUGGCUUGUCUUUUCACUUUGCUCACCUGACCAUCCAGGAGUUCUUGGCUGCCCUCCAUCUUGCUACUCUACCCAAUGAGGAUAAACGUAAGGUUGUUAAGGCUAAUGCUUACAGUGACCGGUUCGACAUGGUGUGGAGAUUUAUGUUUGGUCUUGCUAGUAAACACCAUGGUAGUCGUAGUGAUAAGGUGAUCAAUUUAGAUGAUGGUUUGAUGGAUCAAUUUAUGGUUGCUAAAAGUAGUUUAUUAAAUUUUGAUGAAGAUAUUUUAACUUUAUGUCAUGUGGCUUUCGAAGCUUUAGACCCUGGCUUCUCAACAAAAGUUUGUAAAAGGCAUUCGAAAAUUCUAUCAUACGGUUAUUUCAACACUUCCUUUGACUGUGUAGCUUGCUUCUAUGUUCUUCGUCAUGCAACAAAAUAUAAUGAUAUGGUUGUUAACAUAUCCUAUUGUCCAAUUGAUGAUAAAAUGUUGAAAGAACUAACCGACAUACUUUCGAAUGCGAAUGGUAAACUGCAAGUGAAUCAAUUAUACCUCGAAGAGACUAGGUUGUCUAACAAAGGUGUUGUUGAUCUAUUCAAGAGAGCUUCAGCUGCCUUCAUAGCUUUAAGUGGUCUCAUUUUGUCUAAGAACAACUUUACUGACAUCAUGUUGUCAUUCAUGCACACAUCUAGUACAAGCCUCUCACAACUGAACUUAUCCCACAACCCUCUUGGUGCGUCUGGCAUACAGUCAUUAGACACAGCUGUACAGUUUGGUGCUCUUAUCAACCUGAAGAGACUGACGCUAUCCAACACCCUCACUGACGAUGCUGAUGUCAAUGGAGCUCUGCUGACCACCCUCUUACAGUCCAUUGCCUCUCACUGUGCUCAACUGAAAUACUUAGAACUCUCUGAAAACAAUCUUGGUUUACCUGGAUUAUGUUCAGUUGUAGAGAACAUUCCGUUACGAUUGUAUCACAUUGGAUUAAGAGCUACCCAUUUCACCACUUCAUUUCACUCAGAGUCUCAAUACACAGUCACCUGUGACAUGCUGGAUCUCCACCCAAACAAUUUAACAGUGAUGCGCUUGGAUGGCUCCAAUUUCAGUGGAAUCGCUGGAAGUCUCUUACUGGCAAAGAUUCUUCAAGCAUUCCGAUCAUCACUGGAAGAUCUUUACUGCCAUGGCUGUUCUCUCACCUCUGCCGACAUCAUAAUGCUUAUCCACCAUCUCAAGUCCGCUAAUGUGAUAUAUAAAAAUCUAAAUUUGUUGGAUCUCAAGGACAACUCUAUUGAUGAUGAGGGAGUGAUAGUUCUCACUGAGUGUCUACCAGAGCUGUUCCCUAGUCUGGAGGAGUUUCAUGUUUAUAGGUACCUGCAGGGUGGCGUUCAUCUCCGUGGUAAUCCUGUGAGUGAGGAGUUGAUACUCAUGUGCAACGAACAGUUGAAGGCCAUACGGGAAUCAAGAAAUUCUGCAGUGCUGAACGAGUGGGACGGAAAAUGUUUACCUCCACAAAAUGAAGAGAUGAAGCGCACUUCUCUUUGGGAUAUCCUACUGUCGAAGAUGAUUGACAAGGCUGUAGCGAUCUCUUCAGCUGCUUCCAGUUUUACUGACCAACUAAUACCAACAGAUUUUAGUUAUGAGAUUGUUGAGGUUGUUGGUACAGUAACUCUGAGUGAUGUCACUGAUCCAGACACUCUCAUCAAUGAACAGAGCUUCUCUCAGGCAUCACCAGUAGAGCACCACCCCACAACUAGUGAUGAAGCUACUUGUACAACAGUCCCGCUCUCUACCCAUGGAAUACACCAACAUACAACAGCCUCUACUGUGAUAUCAUCUGAUGUCACUGAAGGAGAUACCUCACAAGAUGUCCUCACUUCAUAUCCACAUUCCAGUCACUCAGGAGCUGGUAGACCAAGGACUGUGACCAUUGAAGAAUUGAAGGAGUGUACAAAAGUGACCGACUCUCAACUUGACACUGAAAUUAAAAUGACUGACAUGAUUGUUCUGGCGACUCACUUUGACAAUAUAGAGACCUACCCUGUACAACUGGGACUGAAUCCUGCUGAACACCAAACUGUUAGAUCUUUAUCAUUUCAAUAUGAUAUUCAAACAGCAAUGGAUAAGGCCUUGAGACUGUGGAUACAGCAUAAUCCAGGGGCUGCUACUUACAGAGCUCUGGUGGCGAUUUUGUUGAGAAUGGGAAAAGAAGCACUGGCGUUUGAAAUUUGUCAGACAGCAACAAAGACUCCUCUCGUGUAGUACGUAAAAGAUAUCUAACUCAAAUAAAUAACCAUGCAAUUAUUUUAUUAUCACAUUACUUUUAAAUCACUAUAAAUACAUGUAUCUGAACAUAAUUAUCUAUACUCACAAAUUG